AUGUCUUUUGAUGCUCAGCUUCUCAGGGAAAUCAGUGUUGCAUUUUUCAUCUUCCUCAUUUCACACUUCUUCUUUUUUUUUUUAACGGUGUCAAUCCUGAGAAGCACUUCCAAGAAUUUCGCACCUGGCCCAAGAGGAUGGCCAAUUCUUGGUGCUCUACCAUACUUAGGGAGUAUGCCUUAUGUCACACUCACAAACAUGCCUAAGAAAUUUGGGCCCAUCAUGUUCCUCAAAAUGGGCACUUGUGACACAGUUGUUGUCUCAAGCCCAAAUUUUGCCCAAGCAUUCCUCAAGAAUUUAGACCAUAAUUUUUCAAACAGACCCACCAUUGCAGGUGCAACCCAUUUGGGCUACAAUUCACAAGACCUUGUUUUUGCAAAAUAUGGGCCCAAGUGGAAGCUCCUUUGGAAACUAACCAACCAACACAUGCUUGGAGGGAAGGCCCUUCAGGCUUGGGCCCAUGUAAGAGCAAAAGAGGUAAGACACAUGGUGAGAGCCAUGUGCGAUUGUGGGAAACAAGGGAAAACAAUAGAGGUUGGUGACUUGUUAAGUUGUGCAAUAACAAACAUGGUGAGCCAAGUGGUGCUGAGUCAUAGAAUAUUUGAAAACAAUGGGGAAGAAUCUAAGGAGUUUAAGGACAUGGUGGUGGAGUUCAUGACAAUUUCCGGGGUGAACAACGUUGGUGAUUUUGUCCCUUGCAUUGGCUGGAUGGACUUGCAGGGUGUGGUGGGUAGGAUGAAAAGGUUACAUAAGAGGUUUGAUGUGUUUUUGAGUAAAGUGAUUGAGGAUCAUGUGAAGUCUGGACAUGAACGUAAGGGGAAGCCAGAUUUUUUAGAUGUUGUGAUGGCUAAUGAUGAAGAAUGUCCCUCUAAGGAAAGACUCAGUUUGUCCAACAUUAAGGCUCUACUAUUGAAUCUGUUCACUGCUGGCACAGACACAUCAUCUAGCAUCAUAGAAUGGGCACUAGCUGAAAUGUUGAAGAACCAAAACAUCCUUAUAAGGGCACAGAAAGAGAUGGAUCAAGUGGUUGGCAGAGAAAGAUUGCUUCUUGAAUCAGACCUUCCAAAAUUGCCAUACCUUCAAGCAAUCUGCAAAGAAACCUAUCGUUUACACCCAUCCACACCCCUUAGUGUUCCCAGAGUUUCAACUGAAGCAUGUCAAGUCAAUGGCUACUACAUUCCCAAGAAUACAAGGCUAAAUGUGAAUAUUUGGGCCAUAGGGAGAGACCCUAAUGUGUGGGACAACCCAUUAGAGUUCUAUCCUGAAAGAUUUUUAAGUGGGGAUGCAGAAAUGAUUGAUCCUAGUGGUGUUGAUUUUGAGUUGAUUCCCUUUCGAGCUGGAAGGAGGAUUUGUGUAGGGUAUAGAAUGGCUAUUGUGGUGAUUGAGUACAUUUUGGGCACUUUGGUGCACUCUUUUGAUUGGAAGCUACGAAAUGGGGUGGAGCUGAACAUGGAUGAGGCCUUUGGACUUACUUUGCAAAAGGCAGUGCCUUUGUCAUCUAUGGUUAGCCCUCGGUUGGUCAGCAGAUGCUUAUGUUUGAUUAAUAGCAUGCUUGAAUUAGCUUCUAUUUUAUAAAAAUCAAUUCGAGUAUUUAGAAGUUACUUACAGAAACUUCUCUCCAUAAUUAAUUUUGGCUUGAGUGUCAAUUGUUGAGAGUUUUCAAAUGUGCACUAAUUGAUAUGAUGCAUAUGGUUAUGAGUUAUCUAUUUAUCUAUGCUUUAUUACCUUAUAUCAGUUGCAUAUAUUAUCAGAAAAAUUUAGGCAAUGUAGACAAAGUUUCAAGAAAUGAAACCGUUAACUUGUGAAAGAUCAUAUGUGUAUGUUUAUCAUCAUUUGCACAUAUA